AGUUGUUUUCUCACUCAUGUUUUGUUUCGAAUCGAGAGCAAUAGAAUGUUAAUUAUUUAGUUUUUGUAAUAUAUUAAUUAAAAUGUCUCUUAGAAAAAUACUAUUCCUAACGCGUGCGGCUUGCUGUAAAGGAAUUAAGCUUCAAACGACAAAUUUCUCAAGACAGAACAUUGUUCUACUGUCGGCGAGUUCCACAAGAUUUUACUCAAAUAUAGGAGAUAAGAUUAAAGACAACAAAGAGGCGGAGAAGGUGGACAUCCUGGGACGUUUCUUUCCACAGUCGCCACCCAGCGGCCGGGAUGCAGAGGAUGUGCAGAAGGAACAAGAGAAGUUCGAGCAGGAGCAGAAGGAGAAGUCUAAGGAGAAUGAGAAGAACUGGAGGCGUAUGAAAAUUGGUUUCGCAGUAUUUGGCGGCGCAAUGACUGUGAUGGGAGGCUGCUUAGUGAUCGAGAUGGGCGCCCCACGGCGCGGGGACGACGGACAAAUCAUAGAGGACGAGUUCUCACACCUGCCCCUACCGCUGCAGUACCUGCGGCGGACUUGGAAAGAGCUCACCUUCUAUGAAAAGAUGAUAAAAGAGCCAUCUCGAGAAAAGUUACUGCCGGACCCUCUGCCAGCGCCGUACCAGCCUACAUACACAUUAGUUCUUGAGUUCACAGAUGUGCUUGUACAUCCUGACUGGUCCUACCAGACUGGCUGGAGAUUUAAAAAGCGUCCAGGUGUAGAUCAAUUCCUGCAAACAGUAGCCAAUUCAGACUAUGAAGUGGUUAUAUUCACAUCAGAGAAUGCGUUCAUGAUUUGGCCCGUCCUAGACAAGUUGGAUCCAGAAAACAAAUUAAUAUCCUACAGAUUGUUCCGAGAUUCCACACAUUUUAUUGACGGAGUACAUGUUAAGAACUUGGAUGGAUUGAAUAGGGAUUUGUCUAAGGUGAUAGUAGUGGACUGGAACAAGGCGGCGACGCAGUUCCAGCCCGACAACGCGCUCGUGCUGAAGAAGUGGAAAGGCGCCGACGACGACACGGCGCUGCUCGACCUCGCCAACUUGCUGCAGACUAUCGCGAUGUCCAACGUGAAAGACGUGCGCGACGUUCUGCGGUACUACGCGCAAUACGACGACCCCAUCGCGGCCUUCCGCGACAACCAGCGCCGCCUCCUGGAGCAGAUGGCUGAGCGCGAGCGGGAGGGCAAGGCGGACGUCCCGCUCGCGCGCUCGUGGCUCCGCCCCUUCACGCGCCGCUAAGAUACAUACUUGCAACAGGGAAGUAAAGGAGUACAAAUAAAUCGCAACACAGCUUUUGUAUAUACUAUUGUAUCACUUCACUCGAGAUAAAAUGUGAUUUUGCUCCGGCAUUUACGUGCAUUAUAAAAUUAAUAUGAUCUAGUUUUAUAAAUCAAAAAGGGAUUGAACACAGUAGAUACAGAUUAUACUUUUCAUUACUGAAAAAUUCGUCAUGUUAUAUAAUAAUAAUUAAAUAACUAUUUGUUUGUCUUAUGCGACGCAAAUGCUGCUAAAUCAGGGUUGGCAUGAACAAAUGUUUGAAACACGUAUUUUUAACAUGUUUUUUUUAAUUAAAAUAACAGUUUAAAAUUAUUAUUUUUUUGUUUUUCUCGGUCUUUUCGAACCCUGUGGUAAAUCCGAUUUCUCAUAAACGGCUCUAAUGAUUUAGAUGAAAUUUUGUAUUUAGGUAAUGUGUUCUUUUCCAAGUUUAUCUGGAUAGUUAUCCCCGUAUUCCCACGGACACGGACGGAAGUACUCAAAAGGCGCCAAAGGUCGCAUUCAGGUUGUAUAUUAUUAUUUGUUCAAUCGUCUACCAAAAUAAAAUAGAUGAACUCAUGAAAGAUAUGGCAAAAAAUACUUGGUCAAUCCCACUUCUGAUUUCUAAGGCCAGAUUUUUAAUUAAAUAAUAUGUAAUUUCUAACAAUGUAACUUUUAUAAUGUUUAUAACUUCGUGAGGGUGCGCUUCCACUGAAGCGGAGUGGAGCAAAGACGUGUCUUCGUUCGAUCGAAUUAUGACGAUAAAAUUAUCACGUCCUCUUACGAUAACCGCAUUGGUCUAUUGAAAGGGUCUCCGCUUCGGUUCAGUAGAAACGCACAUCCUUACGAAAAUAUUUACUUUACACACCUAUGUGAGACGACCCAAAGAUACCUUCACCCUCUAAAAUGUCGUGCCUACUCAUUGAUUACUGUGACGUCAUCGGUCACACGAUGUACUGACCCGGACUAAGGAUCUACACGUACUGACGGAGUGGAGUGGAGUAUUUGGUGCUACACUUAAUAUUUGACUACCUAAACUCGGCUUUAUGUACUUUGAUAUACGCUUAAAAUUGAUUUAAUAAAAAUAAAACACGAAGGAGAAAAAGCACGCGUUUCGUUAGCAUAAAAAGCUGAAUUUGAGUUACAUAUUAAUAAUGUUGCUGCGACUCGACUCCACUCUGAAGAUGUGCGUUGCGCCGUAGAAAUUAAUUUCAUUAUCAAUUGAAUAAUAAUUUUAUUAAUUACUAAUUUUUAAUUAAUUAUGUAAAACCUUCCAUGCAUAUUUAUGUUUGUAUGAAGUUCCUGCCAAUUUGUAUAAUUUCCCUAGUUACUAUUUUGCAAUGUAAGUGAUUGUUGUACUUAUGUUGAAAUCUACGAAUAACAAUAUCUAAAGAAAUGUAAAUAAAGCUCAAAAAUGGCGCCGUGCACAACUUAUCGCAGAAGGUGGAGCUUAUUAAAAUAUAUACCACGCAGCCUAUUGACAACCUUGAGCGAUGCGAAUGUCACAAGAUUCGUGUUCGUAUGCUUAUAUUUAUUUAUGAACUCAGAAUUCUUUCAUUUCAUAUCCUACUCGAUACAAUAGCAAACAAUUUUUGGAGACAGCCCACUUUUUUGAUAUAACAUUCGUCAUUUUUUUUGUAUAAAAUGUAGCCUAUGUCACCCGGACAACGAAUCAAUUGACACCUCAUUCAUUAAAAUUGGCGCAGUAGUUUAGGCGCUACGGUGGAACACACAGAAUCUGGAUACAAAAAUACAUAGACUGCUGAAACCUUAACCCUUCCUUUGGGCUUUGUCGUCGUCGAGUAAAAAGCAAACGAACACGAUUCUUGAAGCUACGAAAAUUCUCAUUGUAAUUGACUUUGAAUGAGUGUGAGUGUUUAAUUGUAUUGCUGUAUGUUUGUAUGCGUUAUCGUUCCAAAAAAAGCCGUCAUUGUAUGUUGCAUUUCUUUAGAUAUUGUUGUACUUAUGUUGAAAUACAAUAAUUGCGUGAAUGCGUGCGUGUUUGUAUGCGUGCCCGGAGUUCUCUCAGUCAUUUAGAUAGGUAUUAUAGAUUGUUAAUUUAA